AUGUUAUCUUUACAAAAAAUAAUUGAUAAAACUCCAAAGAGUUGGACUUUACCUAUAAACUCAAAUGAUCCAAUGGAAAUGGUGAUUGAAAAAAUGGAGAAGUUUGGAAUAAUAAAUGAUGAAAAUCUUCAAAAAUAUAGACUGAUUUUCAAAGGAUUUUCAAUGUUUGUCAGAAAUAUUUGGCCAUCCGGAGAUCAAGAGUCAUUGGUAUUGGGUACACAAUUCUUUAUUUUCUCAGUAAUAUUCGAUGACCUUAUUGAUACGAAUGAACCGGAAUUUGGAAUGAAAAAAAUCAAUAGAGCAAUCAAUAUUUUCAAAUUGGGUAAACUGGAAGAGGAUGCUACUCCACUUGAAAGAAUUGCUUUUGAUUUAAAAGAGAGCUUAGAACACAGAGUUGGAGAUCAACAUCCUUUGCUAAAUGUAUUCAGAAAUGCAUUCAUUGAUUAUUUUGAUAAUUUAAUGCCAUGGCAAAAUAUCAAGAAAUUAGAUGGUGACAUGAGUAUGAAUUUAUAUUACAAUAUGAGAAGACACAAUAUUGGAAUGGUACCAACAUUUUCUUUAAGUGCAUUAUUCAUUAUGAAAAGAUUAAACUCUGAUAUAAUUCUAGACCCACUUUGGAAAAGUUUAAUCGAUCAUUCAGGAAACAUCUGUGCUCUUUAUAAUGAUAUAUUCUCUUAUGAAAAAGAACUCAGAGAAAAAGAUGAAAGAAUGAAUAGUUUCCAUUUUAUGAAAACUCAAAACAAUUGGUCUGAUCAAGAGUGUCUCGAUUUCAUGGACAAAGAAUUUGAUAAAUGUUUUGAACAAUAUUUUAUUCAUGAAAAUCUUAUUAAACAAAAAUUUAUUCCAAUUCUCAAAAACAAAGAAGAUCAAGAAGAGUUUAUUGAAAUUGUUGACCACUUUCAUACCGUGGUAUCUGCGGUAGUAGCUCUCUACUUAGUAAAGCCAAAUUAUAAAUCACCAAAUUCCAUCUUUGUUGAACUUAGAACUAAAAUUCAAUGA